AUGUCUCCAGCUGCCACAACCAAGGGCUCUGCCCACAGCCAUGUCCGCUUCCUCCCCAUUACCUACGACAGCAGUGAUUCACAGGCUUCAGCUCAGAAGCUCAUCUUGAGUCUGUUCCCUCAAUGGGAGAGCGAUGAUUCCAAUGUUGACUUCGUUCGCUUCACUGACGGCAUUACCAACACGCUGCUCAAGGCUAUCAACCGGUUGCCGGGCCUGUCCAAGGCUGACAUUGACCGAGACGCCGUGCUGCUCCGUGCUUAUGGAAACGGCACCGCGGUUAUCAUCGACCGAGAGCGCGAGGCAGCGAACCACGAGCUGCUGAUGAAGCAUGGCCUGGCCCCAGAACUGCUGGCCCGCUUUGCCAACGGCAUGCUGUACCGAUUCGUCCCUGGUACCGUUGCCCAACCCAAGGACCUCUCCGACCCUGCGUUGAUCGCGGCUGUUGCUCGACUGCUGGCUCAGUGGCAUGCCACGGUGCCGUGUCUGCCCGACUCGGCCAUCAAGGGAGAGUCGACAGAGAACGGCAACUCCGAUGGCCACGACAGCCACCGCAAGGCCAUGAUCGCCAAGGCAGCAGCGGGGAAGCCGAUCCCCAACCUGUGGUCGACCAUGCAGAAAUGGAUCCUGGCCCUACCGACCGACACGGAACAGCAGCGCGAGAGACAGGCCCUGCUGCAGCGUGAGCUGGAGGAAAUGAUUGAGAAGCUCAGCCAACGUCCCGGACUUGGACGGAACGGGUUGGUUUUCGCCCACUGCGACCUGCUCAGUGCCAAUAUCAUCAUGCACAAGGAAGCCGGCCAGGAGCUCUCCGUGAGCUUCAUCGAUUACGAAUACGCGACGCCCUCGCCGGCUGCGUUUGAUAUUGCCAAUCAUUUUGCCGAAUGGGCAGGGUAUGACUGUGACUAUGCGGCCAUGCCAUCCCGGUCGCAGCGACAUGCCUUUAUUCGUGAAUACAUUGCGACAUAUGCAAAGCUCUCAAACAAUGGCAUGGACCUCGAAGAGGAGACUGACAAACUCGUACGCGAGGUAGAUGUCUUCCGUGGGGUUCCUGGCUUCUAUUGGGGUAUCUGGGCCUUGAUUCAGGCGACCAUCUCGCACAUUGACUUUGAUUACGCCUCGUACGCCGAGUUGAGGCUGGGUGAAUACUGGGCUUACAAGGCUGAGGAAGACGGUAGCCGUGCAGCGUCAGGUAAAGAGAUACCGCUCCGAGAGAAGACGUGGUCCCGAAACGAAUAG